CUGCACUUGGAACUUGAGGACGAGAACCCCUGACCUGGGCCGGAUUAUCCAAUAGGCUUUAUGGGCAUGGGUCCAGGGGCCCAAGUGAGGGGAAGAAAUGUAUUAUUAUUAUUUUUAUUAUUAUGUAUUUAUUUAUUUAUUUUGCCAAAAUUGGAGGGCAAUGUCUGAUGCUUACAAAAGAAUAAAAAUGACACGCUACUUAACGUCUACAGUGGCACAGACUGUUCCGGCAUGGACAGACAUUGUGCCCAGACGUUGUGCCUCACCACAAGGCAUGUUUGCUAACAUUAACUGGCUAUAUUUAGCUUGUCUUAUUUGCUAAUCAUCUAACAGUUUUAAAUGGGUAAUAAGGGAAAACGUGACUAAUUUAAUUUGACCAGUUAAAAACGUUUACUUCUUACCUUUUGUUGACUUUUUACUUAAAGUUUGUCACACCAGCAUUAACCCUAAAAUCCUAAAACCGUGUGUGUGGUGAGAAGUGUGAAAGUGCGUCUAAAGAAAAGACACUUGCAGACUACCGAAAGCGUACAGAGCUGUGAGGUCAAAUUCAAUCCCUCAUGUCUGUGACUAAAGCCUCUGGUUAAAUCACCCUUCAGAAUGUCAUUAUCAGACAGUCUGGACAAACUGAAACCCGACUGGACAGAGCUCACCGCCUUCUGAAGGAACAGAGACAGACACACAGUCAUAACGGAUGAAACUAAAGAGAAGCAAAACCUCAAAUCAGGACACGGUACAGCUUUAACUCGGUUUAGAAAAAGUCAGACUUGAACGUAUGUUCUGACGUAAAGAAAAGGAAGAGACUAAGAUGAGACGAUGUGUCGUGAUAACACAAUGCUGGGGUAAGUGCUCUACUCAUCUUCUGUGUCGUAAAGAAGCUCAUAACUGCUUACAAGUCCAGUGCGAGUCAAGGAGGAACAGGCUGAGUAAGACAGUUAGUAUUCUUCCCCAAGGAUACUGUUGGCCUAAACUCUUCACGUGGUGGAUCUACAAGUGUCGGCUGUCUGAAGGCGGAUGUCGCCGUGUUGCACAGAAUGUGGAGAGAUAUUACAGUAGCAGCGAUGCUCGUGUUACUGACAGGAGUUCAGGCUCAGCGCAGUGUAACUCUCUCCUCUCAGAGUCUCUGUGCUGUUACUGGAUCUACAGUAAAAAUCCCCUGUAUGUUAAGAAAACCUUAUCACUCCAGUGUCAGACAGAGAGAGUGGUAUCGAGUCCAGAGCUCUGAAGGAGAACCACAAGACUUGAGGAAAGAUCCACAAUACUCAAGACGAGUGUCUGUAAGAACAGUGACGUCUUCCUGUGAGCUGACAGUGAGGAAUGUGAGAGCGAGUGACUCUGGAGUUUAUAACUUCAGAUUUAAAACACAGAGCAGUGACUGGAUAUCAGCUCCAUCUGUUGUUCAUCUGACUGUUACAGGUGUACUGGGUAAAAAGUGUUGGGGUGUGACUUACACUCGUAAACAUGUGUGUGCUCUGAAAGACGCAUCGGUUGAUCUCUCUUGUGCUUAUAAACACCCUGGAGGACACACAGUGAUAAAAUCAGUCUGGUUCAUUAAAGAUCAGGCUGGUGUUGAACCUGUGGAUGUGAGAGAGGAUGAGGAGUAUCAGGGCCGAGUGCAGUACACACAGAUCUCCCAGAAUAACUGUAGUCUGAGAAUCACUAACCUGAGAGAGAGAGACGCUCAGACAUACAGAUUCAGAUUCUACACUGAUGAUCCUACAGGCAAAUACACCGGCCAACCUGGAGUCUCUCUGUCUGUCACAGAUCUGAAGGUUACAGUAUCAGACUGGAGUGAGCAGUACAUGAAUCUGAGCUGCAUCACCACCUGCACUCUGUCUAACAACCCCACUUACAUCUGGUACAAGAACGGACAGCGUGUGUCUGAGUGUAAAUCUGCCUCCUGCUCUGUAGCUGCAGUCGGUGGUGCGGUCAGUUACAGCUGUGCUGUUGAAGGCCAUGACAGUCUCCUCUCUCCUCCAGUGUAUUCCCCUAAAAACACCAGAGCAGUGGUUCUUUCCUCUGGAGACACAGUGGAGGGGGGUUCAGUGACUCUGAGCUGUAGCAGUGAUGCAAACCCUCCUGUUCUCACCUACUCCUGGUUUAAACAGAGAGCAGCUGCAGACACACUGCUGACAACAGGCCAGAAUUACAGCAUCAGCAACAUCAGCUCCCAGCACAGCGGACUGUACUACUGCACUGCUCACAACCGGCUGGGACAGGACAACUCUACACCCACACUCCUGGAUGUGAAGGGUUUAGAGAAGAACAUCGUGUUGAAGUUCAUCAUGGUGGGACUGGUUGCCUUCCUGACAGUAACACUCAUCCCAGGAGCUCUGUGGAUGUGGAAGAAGAAGUCGAGCUCAGCUAAUGGCCACAGCAGAACUGGUGAGAGUGGACAGUGUCACUCUCCAGCUGUUUAUGAAAAUGUCUCAGCCUCAGACUGCAGUGGAAGAGUCGCCUCAGAUGAUCAGAAUAAUGUUCACUAUGCCAGUGUUGUCUUUAAAAACUCCCACACACAGGAAGUGUCUCCGUCACCCAGACAUCCUCCAGACAUCACAGAGGACAGGGAUGUUCAGUACGCUGCUGUGAACGUUAGCAGGAGCACUGCUGCCAUCCAGCUUGUAGCAGACGAAGCAGCUGAUGAUCCGUCUCAGCUCUACAGCAAGAUCCAGAAACUCCCCACUUCAGCAGUGUAGCCCAUCAUUAGUCCUGUGGCCUGGGAUCUAAAAGCUAAAGAGAUUUAGGUUUAGAUGUAGGUCCUUAAGAAACCUUAAGAAGAACCAGACUCAAAGACGAACCCCUCCUCGUCUGGGUGACACCCGAUAAUGAGAUCACAAAUCGUUACAGUAUACAGCUGUAGAAGAGUAAAUCCAAGAGUCUUGGGAUAAGUACAGGACAAUCUUUAUGAUUACAGCAGCAGUUCUCAUGUACAAGUCAACAGUAUCUGAUUAUUAAAUUAUCCACUGAAGCAAGUGUGUGACUUUUGGUUGUUGACUGUGUUUGUGAAGUGCAAAUAUUAGAGGUAUCCGAAUUGUAAUAUUUGUAAUAUUAAUAACGACAACACCUCAAACAAUCUUUUGUAAGAAGUAACUGAUGCAUAUUAGUUUGGUGUGUUAUUAUUGAUUGAUGUGAGUGUGAGUGUGUGCGCCUGCGUGUGUGUACAUGCCAGAUUAAUACCUUUUCUUGUGUUUGUGUCGACUCACGUAAACUGCAAUGAAUAAAGUGUGCUGCAAAGCCCUAAACAUGACACAGACUUAUUAUUCUAUAUUUCUAUACAGAAUAAUAGAUAUAUCUGCUUAUUUCUAGAGUUCUAUGCCGAAGUACACGAAGUCUCCAGGUAAACGUUCUGAAGCUGUAGGAGGUGAGACAGUCGAUAAACUCUGGUUGAGAAAAAUGAUAAAUAAAGAGUAGCUCCAAAGUUUCAACCCAUAAAUCCCACAUGGACUUGUGAGACACUGCUAGAGAAAAUCAGCGGCUUUCUACCCCUAGCCAGCUCUCGUAUUUCAUAUGGUUUCUACCCCUAGCCAUUUCAGGUAUGUCAUAUGUUUUUUGCCCCUAGCCAGUUCAGGUAUUUCAUGUUUUCUACCCCUAGCCACUUCAGGUAUUUUAUAUGUUUCUACCUCUAGCCACUUCAGGUAUGUCAUAUGUUUUCUAUCCCUAGCCAGUUCACGUAUUUCAUGUUUUCUACCCCUAGCCACUUCAGGUAUGUCAUAUGUUUU